AUGUCAAUCGAAGCUUCACCGGAUCUGGAUCACAAACGGAGUCCGGCGGCUCCGGCCAUGUCGCCGCCUCGAGAAGCCGCCUCUACUAGCUCCGGUGAAGUUUCCGUUCAGUUCGAGAAAGAUGCUGCGGAGGUUGCUGCCGCCGUUCCGCUCUCAAAUGGCGGCAGCAGCUCUUCAGGCAAUUUAGGGGCGAAUUUUUCUAGGGUAAACACAACGCCUCCGGAAUUUUUGAGCUCUGAGAAGCUGAAUCUGCCUUUGGUGUUGGAGCGAUCGAAAACCGAGAGGCAGAGGCGCAAUAAUGUACUUGCUAAAGAGGCUGCUCAGAUCUUUGACGAUCGUAUGCCUGUGCAACAGAAGCUCAAAUUGUUGAACAGAAUAGCUACAGUCAAACAUGAUGGAACUGUAGAAUUUGAAGUUCCAGUAGAUGUUGAACCUCAAAAUCUUGGAGUUGGAAACGGAAGUGUGUACGGUGAAGUGGAUGACGAGCCACCUGAUGCAACAGAACUUCAGGAUAUUCCUCCACUGCAAAUCGUAAUGCUUAUUGUUGGAACUCGGGGAGAUGUACAACCAUUUGUUGCAAUUGGAAAGCGGCUACAGGAUUAUGGCCAUCGUGUCAGAUUGGCCACUCAUUCCAAUUUCAAAGAGUUUGUGUUGACCUCUGGCUUGGAAUUCUAUCCCCUUGGUGGUGACCCCAAAGUUCUUGCAGGAUACAUGGUUAAAAACAAAGGGUUUUUGCCUUCUGGGCCUUCAGAAAUACCUGUACAAAGAAAUCAAAUGAAGGAAAUAAUUUAUUCCCUACUUCCAGCAUGCAAAGAGCCUGACAUCGAUUCUGGGAUUCCUUUCAAGGCAGAUGCAAUCAUUGCUAAUCCUCCAGCAUAUGGGCAUACACAUGUUGCAGAAGCAUUAAAAAUACCAAUUCAUAUAUUUUUCACCAUGCCAUGGACGCCAACCAGUGAAUUCCCCCAUCCUUUAUCUCGUGUAAAGCAAUCAGCAGGAUAUAGAUUAUCCUAUCAGAUUGUUGACUCCUUGAUUUGGCUUGGAAUAAGAGACAUGAUAAAUGAUGUUAGGAAAAAAAAGCUGAAGUUACGACCUGUCACAUACUUGAGUGGAUCACAGGGCUCCGAGUCUAAUAUCCCGCAUGGAUAUAUUUGGAGCCCACACCUUGUCCCUAAACCAAAAGAUUGGGGACCAAAGGUUGAUGUGGUUGGGUUUUGCUUUCUUGAUCUUGCAACAAAUUAUGAGCCGCCAGAGUCACUUUUGAACUGGCUGAAAGCUGGUCCAAAGCCUAUUUAUAUCGGAUUUGGCAGCCUUCCUGUUCAAGAACCGGAAAAGAUGACACAAAUUAUUGUUGAAGCUUUAGAAAUAACUAAACAAAGGGGCAUCAUUAACAAAGGCUGGGGUGGCCUUGGAAAUUUGGCCGAAGAAAAGGACUUCGUAUAUCUGCUGGAUAACUGCCCUCAUGACUGGCUUUUCUUGCAAUGUGCUGCUGUGGUGCAUCAUGGGGGUGCUGGAACAACGGCUGCCGGUCUAAAAGCUGCGGUAAUGAUUUACUACAUGAAUUAG